AUGCUAGGAGAACGUGCCAUUUCCAGCGGGUUUCUGCAAGAGAUUCUCAAAAUAGCCGUCGCGCUGAAUCUCACGCGGUAUUUCACCUUUGCGUCUACGACGAUAGCUGUCUAUGAUUGGGUGUUGGUGGUGCCAGAGGAAGUUCGCUACUUGGGCUCUGCACGAUUCUCGCUCGGAAAGAUUUUGUAUUAUGUGGCGAUCACGACUUUUGACGGUACCGUCGCUGAUAUUCGCAAGCUACAUACUCUCUGGUGCAAGAGCACGCUUGAGCGAAACAAUGCCAAUGGUUCGCAUGGUCGACUCCAAUCACCGUUCUCUUGGCCGUAUUCGUCAGUUACUAGGACAGGGAUAUUGACACUUCGCGUCAUCGUACUCUACGAACGACACAAGAUUGUCAAAGCGCUCUUGUACUUUACGCUCUUUGCGAGCUACGGGACCGCUCUCGGAGUCCAGGUCAGCUCCAUGUACAAACCCUUGCGAGAACAGGAGUUGUACAAUGCGCCGACGGACAUGUGCGUCGUAGUGAGCAAGAGUCAGCGGACCCAAAUCAUCUUCGAGGUCCCGUUCGUAUUCGAGGUGACGCUCUUCUUGUUGCUUCUUUAUCGAGGGUGGCAUGACUACAAGGCGUCGUGGGGGCUCUCGACGAUUCCCGUCAUUCGUAUCCUCUAUCGCGAUGCGGUCAUCUUCUUUAUCGUGACUACGGCUGUGCGAAUAUGGAACAUCUAUAAUUGGGUAGCAAGGCCGGUAUACGAAGUGUUUCAAGGAGCCUAUGUCAUCGCAAGCAUCGUCAACGUCCUAGCGUGUCGGAUAUACCUCAACAUUCUCUGCGCCGCGCAGAGUCCUCGUGUCCAAGAGCUCACUCAAGGACUUGGGGGUACCGUCGGAGACGAAGAAGUCACCCUACAGUCGAUACGGACGGUUCCUGGUCAGCGGUCGCCGCACAAGCACAUUGCCCGCAAUCACCUCCACAGACUCUCCAAGCGCAAAAAGAUGCUCGCGUCUGUCCUGCCAUACUCGCCAGCCUCUCCACUCAUCACCAGUCCACUCAUCUUUGACAAGUAUGCCAAAUCCUCUGCUCACUAUCAGUCAAACGUCUUCCCACACCUCACCGCACCCUCGGGCGCAUGGGAGAUGGAGACGGCAGAUUGGUGGACAUCCGGUUUCUAUCCGGGCACACUCUACCUAUUACACGAACGCAAGACGUUUUGCACAUCGUCCUCCGCCGCCGUCGGAAGAAACGGCGCAGACGUCGACUGGUUAACGCGCGCUCGUCAGUGGAGCAAUGGCCUCGGACCGCUCCAAAAGAAAAACACGGUUGGCCACGACACGGGAUUCCUCGCAUACCCAUACGUCUCCGAACUCGAAAUCAAUCCAUCGAAUCAAACAGCUCUCGAGGGCGUGAGAGCGUUUGCACAACUCCUCGCAGACCGCUUCUCUUCUGUCGUCGGCUGCACACGCAGCUGGGAAAGUAACGCACCCAAUUUUUUGGUUAUUAUGGAUAAUAUGAUGAACCUGGAGCUUCUAUACCUGGCCGGCAGACUGUUCAACUUGCCGCAUUACUUUGACAUUGCCAAUGCGCACGCGACGACAACGUCAAAGCAUCACCUCCGACCGGAUGCGUCGUCUUACCACGUCGUCAACUACGACGAGAACACGGGUGCCGUCACGAGACGAUAUACCGCCCAGGGUUUCGCAGACUGGUCGACGUGGUCUCGUGGACAAGCGUGGGGGCUCUAUGGGUUCGCAUCCAUGUACAAUUUGACACAAAAUGCGCUCUAUCUCCAUACGGCGCGCGCAAUGGGUCAACGAUGGUUGACGCGUCUUGCAGAGGAUCCGUCUGGUAUCCCGAAAUGGGACUUUGACGCGCCAGAGCCCGCGUCCAAGGACACGUCUGCCGCUGCCAUUGCGUCCACUGGGUUCCUGUACCUCUACCACGCCGAACUCUCGACUUCAAACUACACUGGUGCCGCGUUUUGGCGUGACAGUGCACUCACUGUCCUCUCGCGCACGGCCGACCGGUAUUUCCAGCAAAAUCCGCAAUGGGACGCCAUUCUCUCCAAUGGCACGUCGAAUCAUCCAAGCGGCAAGGUCGAUUCGGGUAUCGUCUAUGGCGAUUAUUAUUUUGUCAAGGCCGGGAAUAUGCUCCUCAACUUGGGUCUAGCGAGCUGCUGA